CUGUAUUUUCCAAAUGCUUGGCAAGUUCGACUAGCGAGUCGCUCUCGAUUGCACAUUCGUUGGACACGAGGACUGUCGCUUGUGUCCAUUCGUUACACCCGCGUACAAUGGACUCGAACUCGCCAGCCAGCACAACGGAUUUAGGUUAGAACGACGCCAUCGGCGAGGGUGACGAAGAGCGUACCUCGAGGAAGGAAUCCCAAGGGCAGGUUCCGACGCAGUAAUGUCGUCAGGUCUCCUGUUUUUGCCAAAAUGUUUGGCAGUGGCUUUGAAGAGGAGAAGAAAGACUCCAUACUGAUACACGAUAUAGAGUGCUCUACACUGCAGCAGCUUCUCGAGUUCAUGUACACUGGCCAGCUCAAAAUUGAUGAUGCAACAAUCCAGGAAUUGAAGCUCCUUGCAGCAGCUGACAAAUAUGAAGUUCUGCAGCUCACUAAAGCCCUUGAUUCUUAUCUUUGCACAAAUGUGAAAGACGGCAUAGUCUUUGAGUCCUGGAAAGCAGCUAAUCUGCAUAACGCUCCAUUGCUGAAAGAAGCUUCUGCAAGGUACAUUUCCAGCACAAUGGAUCGUGAAGCGACUGCGAAGAUUCUCAAGGUGUGUCCUUUUUUUGCUAUAAUUUUGUGAUUACCUAGUGGCCACUUUGAUAGUUUCUGAAUUGCGCAUGCAGACCAAGAUAUUGGCAGAUGACGUUCAUGAAAGAAUGAUGGCGGCAGAUAUUUUAGAGAUGUGGGCUGAGAACUCAUGAAAGUCUGGUGCAAGGUUGAGAAUCCACAAAGAGUUAUCUGUCAAAGUAUAUAUUUAAAAUCUUUGUGUAGGCUUGGUAGUUGUGCUACUUACUGAAUCCUACUGUAGAGGGGACAACCCCCCCUUCUUGUAUCUCCUCUUCUAGUCCCUCUUCUCCUCCCUCUCAUAACUCUCG